CGCGGAGGCGGAGCGGGGCGGGCACGGCCCCGGAUGGAGCAGCGGGGGGAGGCGGCUCCAGCUGCCGCUCCAGCCCCAGCGCCCGCCGCCGCCGCCAUUUAGACAUCCCGCCGCGGCAGCCAGCGCCGGGACAGGCUGCGCUGGAGGAGUUGGCUCGCCGCGACAGCCGCCAUCCUCACCAUGGCCACGAGCCGCCUGUCGCAGCUGCUGCUGCUCGCCCUGCUCGUCUUCCCCGCCGCGCUGCUGCUCGGGGGCGCCCGCGGCGGCCCAGGUUUAUUAGCUGCAGCUCAAGAUGCUACAGAAGAUGAGGAAGCUGUGGAAGAUACUAUAGUUGAAGAUGAGGAUGAUGAAGCUGAAGUUGAAGAAGAUGAGCCAACAGACUUGACAGAAGAAAAAGAGGAAGAAGACUUGUCAGGAGAACCUAAAGCCUCACCUAGUGCUGAUACAACCAUCUUAUUUGUGAAAGGUGAAGACUUUCCAGCGAACAACAUUGUAAAAUUUCUGGUGGGCUUCACCAAUAAGGGUACAGAGGAUUUCAUUGUCGAGUCUCUCGAUGCUUCUUUCCGGUACCCUCAAGACUACCAGUUUUACAUCCAGAACUUCACAGCUCUCUCUCUGAACACAGUAGUUCCACCACAGAGACAAGCCACGUUUGAGUACUCCUUCAUCCCUGCUGAGCCUAUGGGUGGUCGUCCUUUCGGUCUGGUUAUCAAUCUCAACUACAGAGAUGCAAGUGGCAAUGUUUUUCAAGAUGCUGUCUUCAAUCAAACUGUUACAAUUAUUGAAAAAGAAGAUGGGCUGGAUGGAGAAACGAUCUUCAUGUACAUGUUCCUUGCUGGACUUGGUCUGCUGGUCAUUGUUGGCCUACAUCAGUUACUAGAGUCUAGGAAGAGGAAAAGACCGGUACAGAAAGUAGAGAUGGGAACAUCGAAUCAGAACGAUGUUGAUAUGAGCUGGAUUCCCCAAGAAACUUUAAAUCAAAUAAAUAAGGCUUCACCGAGGAGGUUGCCCUACAAGAGGGCACAGAAGAGACCAGUGGGCUCUGAUGAGUAAUGUUAACUAGUGCAACAGUUGAACCUUUACUAAUUCUGCCUGUUUGGUUUUUUUGGAUUGGAGUAGUGCAGAGAACCCAUACCACCAUAAGGAAAAUACUGCUAAACAUUUGGACUGAAUGAAUUAACUGAAUGGUGUUAAUAUUACUGAAAAUGCACUUCUCUUUUAAUUUUUUUUUAAAUUGUUGGGGGUCAGGGGAGGUAGCCAUUAAGAUUUGUGCCUGCGUGUGUAAGCAGUUGGUCUCAACAGAAACAUGUUACCUGAAAUGUGCCUUUAGAGUUCUUUGUAAUGCUGGCUUGUCAUCUGUACAUUGUCAUUGAAGGAUUUUUCUCCUCUCCCUAAUCUGAAUGUCUGGUGACUUUGAUCUGUCUUGAUUGUAUCAUAUCUGUAUCAGAACCUGAAUGCAAUUGUUAUUGCUCAGUCAGUAACGUUACUCUUUACAAAGUGCACACACUGAGGUUUGUGUGUGUGGUCCUGUCUCAGUGGCCAGGCACUGAUCAUCUCAACUUCUGCAUAGUCUUCAUUCUAAAGGCACAAUUGGGUAUAGCUGCUUGUAGUGGUAGAUAUUUUGCUGCUGUUUUGAUCUGGGCAUGCAGUGACCUAAAAAUCUGAACUUAGCUGCAUAGAUGUUAGGAAGACUCUUGCACAGCAGCAGAACUUGUGAAGCAUGGAAUUUGUGUGCUGAAUUGGUAUUACUACAUAAAUUUCUUUUUUAUACCCAGUUUGUUAAAUGGUUAGUUAUUGAAUUGUGCCAGCAUCUUAGGUAUUCAGAUUAUAGUGGUAGUUCUGCAAUGUUUACUCAAGAAACUGUUGAAUAAGCCAGAACAACUUUUCAGUGAGUUCUUGGUUCUCUCUCCUAAGAACUAGAAUGUCAUAUGUAUCAAAAGGCCAAUUUAUUUUUUUUAAGGCUUUACAAGGAUUUGCUGUACACACUUGAAAAACAAUUGGAUUCAAAUAAUUCUUUUUAUUGGCAAACUAUUUAAUUCACCGUUUACAGUUUUUAAAUCUGAGCUUCUUUACACUGGUCAGUACAUCGGUCUGAGGUUUUUUUCACGUAGUCUUUCUUAACUAGUAGCACAGAUGUAUAUUCAUCACUAGCUGCCUGUUGGUUCAGUAGUCAAGCAGAAAAGCUGUGUGCAAAA